AGGAGCUAUCAGCAUCGUGCUGCUAAAUUAAAAAAGAAGAAAAGAAAGAAAGAAGAAAAGAAAGAAAGAAAGAAAGAAAGAAAGAAAGAAAGAGGAAAGAAAGAGAAAGAAAGAAGGAAGGAAGGAAGGAAGGAAGAGAGAGAGAAAGAAAGAAAGAAAGAAAGAGAAAGAAAGAAAGAAAGAAAGAAAGAAAGAAAGAAAGAAAGAAAGAAAGAAAGAAAGAAAGAAAGAAAGAAAGACUGCAAACCCUCCCCAAAUGAACUAAGACCGGCAAAUUUCUUUUCUGUUCUCUCUUCUCUCCCCUACUUCUGCCCUGUUUCUUCAGCAUUGCCUCUUCUGCAGUCAUCUCAACUUCAGUCACCAGCUGAGAUUUUUGGCCUGGGACAUCUCCUGUACCCCCACCUCAAGGAGAAACGAUGCUUCCAGGGCGAUACUUGCUCUCCUGUCUUUUCCAUCUCCUGAUGCUUUCCCUUCAGACUUCAGUGGCCCAGAAAGAACGAAAGAAAAUGGUACAUGUCUCUGAGGAUGAGAGCGGUGCCGUUGUGGUUCAGACAGCACCAGGCAAGGUGGUCACCCACCGUGGAGGCACCAUCAUCUUGCCUUGCCACUUCCACUAUGAUGUGUCAGCCCAUGACCCCGAUGAGAUCCGCUUGAAGUGGACUAAGAUGGUGGAGCCCAUGUCCCUUGAGGACGUCUUUGUAGCCAUGGGGAAGGAGCGCAGAGCCUUUGGGAACUACCGUGGCCGAACAACCCUGCAGGAGGAUGGGCCCAAUGACGCCUCCCUCAUCAUUUGGAAUGUCACUCUUCAGGAUUAUGGGCGCUACGAGUGUGAGGUGACCAACGAGCUGGAAGAUGAUGCUGGAAUGGUGAAGCUGGACUUGGAAGGGGUGAUCUUCCCCUACCACCCUCGCUUGGGGCGCUACACAUUGAAUUUCCAUGAAGCACAGAAGGCCUGUCUAGAGCAGGAUGGCAUUCUGGCGUCCUACGACCAGUUGCAUGAAGCCUGGCUGGAUGGACUGGAUUGGUGCAACGCUGGGUGGCUGGAAGAUGGUUCUGUCCAGUAUCCCAUCUCCAAGGCCCGGGAUGAAUGUGGACGAAAGGACACCCCAGUUGGUGUGAGGAACUACGGCUACCGGCACAAAGACCGUGAGCGUUACGAUGCCUUCUGUUUUACCUCAAAUCUGAACGGCAAAGUCUUCUUCCUCAAAACCUACCGCAAGCUCAGCUUCCCCGAAGCCGUCCUGGCCUGCAAGCAAAACGGAGGUACGGUGGCCAAAGUGGGCCAACUUUAUGCUGCCUGGAAGAUCCAGCUCCUGGACAAAUGCGAAGCUGGCUGGGUUGGGGACGGAAGUGUCCGCUACCCCAUCGUCAAUCCCCGGUCUCGCUGCGGGGGCCGGGAACCCGGCGUUCGCAACCUGGGCUUCCCUGACAAGAAAUACAAACUCUUUGGGGUCUAUUGCUACAAAGAGGCCGGCGGGGAGAAGUCCCCGAAAAAGGACAAGGAUGCUCCAGGGAGAUGGAAAGCUUUCCAUGUAUAAAGAGAAAUGUUGGAGCCAAGAGCUCACUGCCUCCGUUUUAUUUGCUGUUCAAGCUUCAGAGAUGAGAUUUGUCCCCAUCUCUUCUUGGGGGAAUUGUUAUUUGUGUCCCAAAAAAUUUUAAGAGGUUGGUUGCGUAGUCCUCAACCGAAAUGGAAGGACUUCCGCUUUCCCAGCAAUUCAGCUGGAUUGUCCAAAAUUUCUGGAAACCAUGGAAGAUCUGGCAUGUGUUGCAUUACUGCCUGGCUGGAGCUGACCCCGCUGAUCCUUGCCUGCUCAUCUGAAUCUUCUUCAGCAUCUUGGAAGAAGAAAAGUGUUGCUUUUAGCCUUUUGCAUUUGCUGCUACGUCACUGAUGAUGCUACUUGGGUGGGGUAGAGGGAGACCCCGGGUUACUUGGAGCAGAGUGGAUUGGGGAAGGGCCGCGUUUUGCAACUUGUUUGCCGUACCCUUAGCCAUGUUUUUGGAGUGACUGAGAAUUCUCUGGGGGUUUUUUUUGCACGAUCUGGAGGGCUGUGAUGUCCCAAAAAUGUGUUGAAAAAUCCAGAAAAUGAGGACCACUUUCUCCUCUUCAGCAACCUCCCUGACUGUUCUCAUCCUGAAGGCCUUGACUGGAGCAGAGAAGCCAGAGUCUCUCCUUUGCUCUCCUCCAAGUUUUCCGUUGUCUUGCUUUCUCAUGUCGCAACCAACUCCUGGUUGAAAGCCCUCCAGCCUGUCCUGUUUCUGGCCACAAAGCUGAAAUAUAGCAAACUUGAGCUGGAUCUCCCAUCAGCCAGUGGUUGUGGAACCGGACCAUAAAGAUUUGGUCCCCUCCAUCGGUAUGUUUGCUUUGCCUGCAUUAAUUCUGCAAGCCAUCCUGUACUCAGAUGAUGCUCUGUUCCUGGUGAAUAAAACCUGUG